UUGUAAAUUCAAAUGUGUGUUCCUGGCUUUGAAGCCGCUCAGAAGGGUGGGGUUGCUCGAUUGCGCCUGCUCGGUGUGGACUGGAGUCUGGGGGUGUGUGCUGCCCUGAUAGUUUAAAUCCUACACAUGCGUACUGGAUUUCGGGGUUCAAGGGAAUAGGCUACGCCAUAUUGGAAACACUGUAUAGUUUAGCUAACAGUUUAUUGCUAGCGGGGGAAAAGGGCCACUAACUGAUUCCCGUUGGUUGUGGCGUUCGGCACGUCGUUAUUUUCCCUGUGGUUUCGCGUAGCUCCGUUCACAGACUCGUUCUCGCGGUCCGGACUCAAACUCAUCCGCUGAACGGAGGGGAAAGGCGUUCGUUUGUCUGACAGCGCUGCUAGAAAGACGAGUUGAAUGGAUCCGAGGGUCGCUUGGAUUCAGCCGGAACAGAAAGGUCCUGCAAAUGCUUUAUGGAUGCGUGUGUGGGAGACGUCUCAGGUGAACCGGACUAACACGGGUCAGCACCAGAACCACCAUCACCACAACAACCUCCGUGUCAACUCUCCGGCGUUUGACGUUUAUAAGACUGUCGCGUCCAACGCGAAUAACAGCACUAACAUUAAAAACAGCGGCUCUGCGGCUCACGCGUUGAAUGGAAACACGGGAGACGGCGAAAUGACCCAGAAGACCGGCUCGGCGGCGGAUCCGGCGUACAGUUGCUCUAAAAUAAGGACUACAAGCCCUAAUAUGAUUGCUGGGAAUAUGAACAAGGGGCAUGCGUUUUUUACUUGCAGCGAGAGCGUGUUGAAUAAUGUCAACCAUCAUCAUCAUCACCCUCCUCAUCCUCAUCUACGACAUUUCCAUCAAGAGCAGCAGCAGCAGAGUUGCAUGAAGCGCCACCCGUCCCACCCGGCAGCGGUUCACAGCCACCAUCACCAUCACCCGGGCCGGAGGAAAAGCGACAACAAGGCCAGCACCUACGGGAUAAACUACUUGCUCUCCAACUUGGCUAAUGGCAAUUAUGACAACUCCGGCACGCCGUGGAAGACGAGGAAAUAUAACCCAGGGGUUGACGGUUUGCAUGAAGAAAUCAUGGACUUCUACAAUUUCAUGUCUCCUCGUCCUGAGGAGACCACCAUGAGACAAGAGGUGGUGGACAGGAUAGAGUCAGUCAUCAAGGAGUUGUGGCCGACCGCCGAAGUCCAGAUUUUUGGCAGCUUUAGCACUGGACUCUUUCUCCCAACCAGUGACAUUGACCUGGUGGUGUUUGGGAAAUGGGAGAAACCUCCCCUGCAGCAGCUGGAGCAGGCGCUCAGAAAACACAAUGUGGCAGAACCAUUUUCUAUCAAAGUUCUGGACAAAGCUACGGUACCAAUCAUCAAACUGACCGAUCAGGAGACCGAGGUGAAAGUGGACAUAAGUUUUAACGUGGAGACGGGCAUCAAAGCUGCUAGCUUCAUCAAAGAAUAUGUGAAGAAGUAUACCGUGCUGCCUUAUUUAAUCUUAGUGCUGAAGCAGUUCCUGCUGCAGCGAGACCUCAACGAAGUCUUCACGGGAGGAAUCAGCUCCUACAGUCUCAUCCUGAUGGUCAUCAGCUUCUUACAGUUGCACCCAAGGAUUGAUGCUAGGAAUCCCAACAUGAACCUUGGCAUUCUGCUCAUUGAGUUCUUCGAGCUGUAUGGAAGACACUUCAACUACCUGAAGACGGGCAUCAGGAUAAAGAACGGCGGAGCUUACAUGGCUAAAGAGGACAUCAUGAAGGCCAUGAGUAAUGGCUACAGGCCCUCCAUGCUCUGUAUCGAGGACCCUCUUCUUCCAGGUAAUGACGUGGGCAAAAGUUCGUAUGGUGCCAUGCAGGUGAAGGAGGCUUUUGACUAUGCGUAUAUAAUACUGGGUCACGCCGUAUCACCUCUCGCCCGUUCUUACCCCAAUAAAGACAGUGACAGCACUUUGGGCCGCAUAAUUAAAGUCACCCAGGAAGUCCUCAACUACAGGGAGUGGAUCAUAAAGAAGUGGGGUUGCAGACACAACGCCCGCAUUGAGAGGAACAAGGGUCCAUCUCAUAAGGACUCAGUGGAGCAGGUGGAGACAGGCACACUGCUGGGUGUAGGUGUGGAGGACCAGCAGCAGAGGGACUCUGUGUCCCCUCACAGCGCAGACUCCCCCAUGUCCCUCUCCAGCCCUCAACAGCACUCCUCCGCCUCUUCUGCGUCCUCGCUGUCAGGCAGUGAUAUCGACUCUGACUCCACACCGUAUGUCGCUCCACCUGUAGCCCCCUUCCCUCCCCAGAUCCUGGCAACAGGUCCCCUGCCAGCAGCGCUUCAGAUGCACACGGGCAAAGCCAGCAUCACGGCAGCACUCACCAUGCCUCUGGCUGCCCAGGCGAGAGUGUCAAUCCCCGGCAAUCUUUCUGUCCACGCUCUACCUGGCAGACAGGUGUGUAUGGCAGAUGGACCACCCCCAUACUUCCACAUGCCCCCCCCAGCUCCCCACAGCCCUCUACCCAGUCCCCACCAUCAUCCCAAGACAGGUCCCAAGUUCCCGUGGAAGGGCUUCCACAACCCCGCCGUGGUGCACAGUCCCGUCCUUUCCAGCCGAGGCCACAUGCAGUACAACCGCAACACCUGGCGCCGCAGGAAGAGAGACAGUCUGCCGGCCAGCGUCAGCAGAUAAAGACAAUGCGCCUGCCCUCCAGAAGCUCCCUCUCCACUCCUCGCUUCCUCUUCCACCCCUCCGGUCCCGUCUUAAAACGAUGAGAACUCAUUGAGCCCUCCUGCUGAUGGUGUGAGCACAGAGAGACCAGCGUUUGCAACCCAGCUCCUCGUUCGGUAGUUGUGGUGAUGGUGGUGCUAAGUAGUUCAGUCUGCCACUGAAUCUCUGCAUGUAUAUGUUGACUCGUUUUGGGGUUUUUGACCUGUGCAUUCUUCUUGAGGAAGCUUCGAGAACAGGAACGGUUUGUUUUUGUUUUUGUUUUUUGAUCGUCUAAUCCACAACUUCCUGGUUGACAGGUGAAACGUUCCUUUUUUUUGUGUAUGUUUGUGUGUGUUUCAUGCUCCGUUGUUUACAUGUCUUCAUAUUUUCAGUCUAAACGUGACACGCUUCACAUGUGGGACGACCUGGAUUCAGUGGAUUUCAAGUGUGUGUGUGUUUGUUUGUUUGUUGUAUGUGUAACGCUGGCUUCGAAUCCUGCACUCGAGAUGCUUCCAGAUCCACCACCGUAUUGACUGUACACAUCACAACCUUUACUUUUUUUGUGCAAUAACUUUCUGUAUUUUCGUUCACUCUGGAAACGCUUAAUUUUUUUGGUUUUGUUUAUUUUUAUUUUAUUUUAUUUUUUUAUUUUUUGCUGUUUCCAGCAUUCUGUUUUUGUAAAAACGUUUUUAUUUUUUGUAAUGUUUUUAAUUUUGUUCACCGUUUACAGAUCCUGUCAGACAGGCUCCUUAAGGGGAAAAGUCCGUUUUAAAACUGUUUUUGAGAGUUUAUAUUCCCUCUUCCCCUUUUCUCUGCAUAAAUUGCACCUGGAGGAGCGUGAGUUAAAGCGGCCAAGUGUAGAUCUCGCAGAACGACUUGCCUGCAGUUGACGCCAUUUCCCACUUUGUGUUGAGCUUCAGAGUCUCGUCUGUUGCUUUUAUUCGUCUCGUUCGUCUUUACGGUUGUAGUUGUGUGGCAUUGAGGCUUUAGGACUUGGAUUUAACCGAUGGAUAGACGACCGAUAGACAUGGAAAAAUUCUCAAGCCCUUAGUCUGUACGCGCUUUCAUUUAUAUCUAUGUGUGUGUGUGUGUGUGUGUGUGUGUGUCCUUUUUAAAUCGCUCUAGGUAAGUGUGAGACGUGAAUUAUUUUAGGGAAGCUCUAAUGAACGUGCGAGCAGACUCCAGAUCAGUGCAGCUUUAUGCAAGGUGCCCUAAUCGGACCUUUUCGAGUUCUGAACGGGCAUCUGAAUCAGACUAGCGGAGAAAGGGAAUUUAUUUUGAUUCCUUUCUGGAAUCUUGACGUGCAUUUAUUGCCAGGUACUUGCGCUAAUAUAUGCCUUUUUGGUAAUUACCUAUUCCUGUACUGUAUUGUAUUGUUUUUUUUGUUUUUUUUUUGGUUCUGUUUGUAUAUGGCACACUAAAACUGUAUUGCCGUUGCUGAACAUCACAGGCAUACAGGUUAUUGUUACUAUGCAAGUGGAGUUUUGAAAACCUCUCUUCCUGUGUCCCUCACGACGGCCGUUUGCUUGUAAAUCUUGUCACAGUGACCGUUGACAGAGCCAGGCCUGAGAGCGACGCAUCAAGGUACACGUGAACAGUUCCUGUAUGCAAGUUCAGUCUGUUUCGAUGGAGGAAAAACAGCCGGACGUCUUGUCUGGAGUUUUUGCGGAGCAGAUAUUUCCUCCUGGAGAUCAACCGGACUAUUUUACUGCUGUUACAACCAUGACUUGCGGUCUGAAUUGAAUGACUUUGAUUGCCACAAACUUACGUGACGUGUUUUACGAAGUCAUAUCUGAUACGGAGACUACGGAUUGUCCUUGUAACUCUUGACUCGCCUGCCUAUCAAUGCAAUGGGGCAAAUGUAACACUAAUAGCAGUUUCUGCUUUAGAUCGAACCAGCAUAUUUCGCAAAAUGGGUCAGACAUUGAGGCAACACUCCCCUUCUUCGGUUCACACAAGGACCUACUUUAUCGGUGAUGUGUCUGAAUGAAAAUAGCUCUGUUUUUCCCCGAGUGAAUCUGUGAAGAUGUGUUGGAAAGGUGGAAGUGUUUCACUCUGUAAUGGUUUGACAUUUGUGGUGAUGUACUUGCUUGAUAAAGUGUGACACUCAUUGAAUUUCAAUGAUGGAUUUUAAAUGUAACCCUUUUUUGCUGACGUCUGUUGUCACAGUGGCCAAAAGCACUCCUUGUCAAUCCUUAACUCAAAGCCCGCGAUGUGGCCUGCUCAGCAUCCAAGAGGUCAGACGGAGGAAUUGUUUUUGUUUUCCUUCAAUAUUUUUAUGUAAUUUUUUUUCUAUUUUAUUUUUUAAAUAAACAUCUUAAAACCA